CCUGCGUUAUCUUUAGCUGGUGUUGUUAAGCCGAACCACACCAAAUCCCCCGACCCAGCCAACCCGAAUCACCUCGGAUACACGCCAUAAACGCGCCUUUCCCUCCCUCACCCAAGUUUUCUGGUUCAAGGAUAGCCUUCUAGAUGGCUGACUCCGUGGGUGAGUUAAGAAAGAAAACCUUACCACCACCCUUUUGUUGUGGAGAGUAAUUACCCGGCUAAUUAAUGCGAUUAUGCUUCCUCUCCAGAUCGCGUGUUCGUCCAUGCCUUAAAUACCGUGAAGAAAAUACCCAAAACAGGGGCCUCGCGCCCCCCGCCGUCCGACAGGCUGCGACUCUAUGGCCUCUAUAAGCAAGCAAUGGAGGGGGACGUUGAUGGCGUCAUGGAACGACCGACCUUGGCUUCCGGCCUGCCUGCCGACGAGCUUCAGCGCGAGAAAGACAAGUGGGAUGCGUGGAAUAUCCAGAAGGGCCUGAGCCGCACGGAAGCAAAGAAAAGGUAUAUCGAGGCGUUGAUCGAGACGAUGCACAAAUAUGCGACGACACCAAACGCUAAGGAACUCGUCGCGGAACUCGAAUUCGUGUGGAACCAGAUCAAGAACAACAGUCCCAGUUCGACCGACUCGUCACCGAAAGACACAAGGUAUACCGGCGGGUUACGACAAUAUGAGCAACCCCUGCUCGAAACCGAAGGUCCGCUGAAAGUUCUAAGUCCUAUGAGCGAAGACGACGCUGCUGAACAGGACCCGGUAGGGAGGAUAGGUUUCAACCAAGACGAGGAAGCAGACGCGCUUGUUAGAAGCAGUAACUGGUCCCGGAGCGUGGAACGAGCCCUGGAGAAACUCUCAGCCGAAGUCGCGGCAUUGCGAGAGCAAAUCACAACAGGAAGGGAGUGGAAGUCGAAAAAGUCACGAAGCUUUCCUGCCUGGAUACGAUGGCUGACUUGGUUGAUAAUGAAACACCUCGCCAUCGACGUGGUCCUUUUGGGUUUCAUUCUCCUGUGGAUGCGCAAGCGCAAGGACCGGAGGUUGGAAGACUUGGUCCGGGCGGGGAUAAAGUUGAUGAGGGAGUACGUGAGGAACUUCUUGCCAUCUAGAUGACAACUUUCCGAUGGUUGGUGAGAGGCGCAGCCUACGACCGGAACGCCACUGAUGUGGCUCUUUGCAUCCUGAUCACAGCAUCGACCUGAGCAGGGCCACAUCUGCCACUCGUCCUCAGUAGAGCUGGAAGGCUUGCGCGACUUGGACGCCAGUCCAAGCUCAGAGAGCAUGCGAAUGCCGUCCUGCGGCUGCAUGCUAUAAGUCUCAUUAUAAAACGCGGAGAUCACAUAUGCGUCUCCGAUAUUGAUGACAGACGAGUAGCUCCUGGGAGACGAUUUCACGACUACGCCU